AGGCCGUCGCCGUGACGAAAGGCUGGUGCCCUUUUAUACUAUUGUCUGUGUCCGUUUCUCUCUUUAAAUUUUCAAGGAAUCAGUAUUUGUUUUUUCAUUUUUUCAUUUUUUGCACAUUAGGUUAGAAUAAUAAGUUGAGCAUUCAAAUAAAUGAUUGCUCUAAUUUUCAUCGUAUUCAGAGAUCGUUUGUUUAGUUACCUAUCUUUUGUAGGAUUUAUUUAAAAUCAUAAUCAAACCCAAAUAAAGAGUCAUGCUUAACUAAUAAAGAGUGACGGGAAUAAGAGGAAAACGAGGGACCGAAUCCUAAGUUGGAGUUCGCCGACCGGACUCCGGAGGGGCAGCAUAGCAAAUAAGAGGAAUCCGAGGGACCGAUUCCGAAGUUUCUUUUCUUGGGUGGGAGCCAAAGAAGAAGCGCCUCUCGUCUCCUCCUCCUUCCCUCCCUCCCUCCCUCCAUCCCUCGCUCCCUCCUUUUCCUCGCAUUCUCGCGGACUUUCUCCGAGCGGUUUUCAAAAAUCCCCCCCCAACCAGCUACAGCAAACGGACAGAGCUCAAAUUGCUCCGGAUGGGUCAACAAGCAUCUGACCAAAAAUAUUUCACUGAGCAUGGGCACGGAAGAAGUGAAUGUGAUUUGGCCUCUGGCAAUAAACCAUCGCCAUUUGUUGCAAAGAAGACAGCAUUGAGGACAUUGCAGAAUGUGAAUAGAAUCCUGGUCCGUAACUCUGAUGGAAGUACUUUGAAAAAUAAAGUUCCAACAGUUGAUACCGUCAAGGUUUCUGGUGCUAAGAGACCCUCUUCCGAGUUGCUAGCCAGUCUGCCUUGCAACCAGUCUUCGCCGAGUACUGCAGCAAACAACCAUCUAGUCUAUGUCCGGAGAAAAUCAGAUGCGGAAAUAGGCAAGAGUGGCAUUUGCGAAAGCACUUCCGGUGGUGCUGGUUGUCCAGAAAUUAUGCUAAAUUGUCAGGAGGAAUUGCCUGAACUGCAAUCCCAGAUAAAGGAGCAAAAGCCUUCUUGUUUUCCAGCUCUAGCGCAUUUGCCUGUUGAUUAUUCACUGAGCUCAUCGGGAAAACCUUCAGUUCCUCCCAUUGGAAUACCUUGUGUGAAAUCAGCAUCAACAGGACCUUAUCAUGACUCUGAUUCUGUGGGUGGCUCUGCGGGUGGCUCUGCAUUGAAGAGAACAAAAUAUUUGCAUUGGGAAGAGAGAUUUUAUCAAUUGCAGCAACUGUUGGGCAACUUGGAGCAAUUGGAUCCAAAGGAUUACCUACAAAUGCUUAGAUCACUCCCUUCAGAGGAACUUAGUCGGCAUGCUGUUGAGUUGGAGAAAAGGUCCAUUCAGUUGUCACUGGAGGAAGUGAAAGAGAUGCAACGGGUUUCGACUCUAAAUAUUUUGGGAAAAUCCAGCACCUGAAGUAUUCAUAUUCUUGGCCAGAGAGGGGGUAAUGCUACAAGCUCUCUAUUCUUUCAUCGGUUUUGUGCACCAGUUGGCUUCAUGAUAGAAUUUUCUGUAUCAUUUGUAACAUGUCCGUCACAGUUUCUGCCAUAUUCCUCUGGACCGUGAAAUUAUCCUAAAACACGAGUUUUCUCAAUGGUAUGCAGUCUGUAUGGCUUCAAAGGUCGUGCGCUGUAGUAUAUAUGAAUAUCGUUCUUGGUUAUUAUACUCAAGAAAUUCACACCAUCUUAUGCUGUUUCGAGACUAUGAAGUGUUUAUCUGCAAGAACAUCGUAUAUACAAUAGGGUAAAUCUGUGCCUAAGUAGUCUCUGCAGAAACUUGACAUUGCUAAACUGUCUGGGGGCAUUGAUGUGAUGGUGUCGCCCUUUUCUACAUGAAGAACAUUCAGGUUGGCGGGGGACAGGAAAGGAAAGCAGAAAACUUUUUGGGUUUGCAACUAACCAACCGUGGUUUUAGGUGUUCUCGGCGUACCUUCAGGAAUAGAGAACCGGGGAUCGACUAUGCGAAUGAUCUUUCAAGCAUACCAUGUCCAAAAGGAGGCACUAGGCUCAGUUUUGGCAAACGAACACAAAACAAAGAAAGAGAAAUUCAAUCACUUCGAAACCUGCCAAGAAGUAUCACAGAUAAUGAAACGUCCUCAAAUUUGCCAAGAGCCACUGGAAAUACGUAAAGAUCAGAGAGAAAGGAGAAGAAAGCUGUAUGUACUCAUUGGAAUACAGAGAGAGAGAGAGAGAGAGAGAGAGAGAGAGAGAUCAUGGGCUAUUCAAUCACGUUCAAAUUUCGGAGCGAAUGUUGAAGUUGAUUUGCGAUGCAUGGGAGUGAGGUGAUGCAGGAAGAUUACAUCUUUGUCCCCGCUCUUCCUCAAGCCAUGGCCGACGCAGCAGGAGGGGCAUUACUGUCCUUCGGCAUCGUGGAUAAACAUUCCGUACUAACCGAAAAUAACCGCCUGUCGACAGGGUCCUAUCCGAAGUCCUAGGAAACCGUUCACUCGCACCUCCCCACUACAUAAGCCACUCCAAUGCCAUCGGUUAAACUUUUUUGCCAACCCUUUCUCUCGCUAACUUCUGUAGUGAAAAACAUGAACACCGACUCCGACUUCCAUUUCGCUCUUCCUCCGACCCAUGAAAUCCUCACUUCCUUCGCCUCGAUCCCCACCACCAACUCCUCCCUCGCGAGGUACGACCCGAACCCGCGCAAAAAGCGCACCCGGCCGAUACAGUUCGAUGCCAACUUGAGCGCACAGGGUUCCCCGGGGGUCUCCAGGCCCAAGUAUGGGAAGAAACCCGACCCUGGAUUGCCGAAGAUCACCCGGCCGUGCAGCGAGUGCGGGAAGAAGUUCUGGUCGUGGAAGGCUCUGUUCGGACACAUGAGGUGCCACCCCGAGCGCCAGUGGCGCGGGAUGAACCCGCCGGCGAAUGUCCGACCGGUUGCGGAUUCUCCUGCAAAGUCGUUGAGCAGUACUGUCGUUGAUCAAGGGCUGAUGACAGAAGAGGAUCAUGAGGUCGCGAUGUGCUUGCUCAUGCUGGCUAACAACACCCCGGCGGAUGUGGAAUCACCUUGUGCUGCGACAACCAACGAAGGACUUCGGAAUUCUGAGGCGUUUCCCAUAGGAGACGCACGAAUAGGGGUAGAUCACAAUGCCGACGGGGAAGGCCGGUCGGAUUCGAACAGUCAGUUUGAGUGCUCGAGUUGCAAGAAGGUGUUCGGCUCCCACCAGGCCUUAGGGGGGCACAGGGCAAGCCAUAAGAAUGUCAAGGGCUGUUUCGCAAUGGCGAGGAACGGUGACAGUGAGGUGAAUUUCCACAACGUCAGUUACUUAUUAGACUGUAAUCAGGACUUCAUUGCACCCUUUAAGGACCAUAACGGGGAGGAUAAUAUGACGCUUGAUAUAGGGCACCAAUGCAGCAUUUGCCUGAAGGUCUUCUCUAGUGGUCAAGCCCUUGGUGGGCACAAGAGGUGCCACUGGGAGAAGGGCGAGGAGCCAUUCUCGGCUCAAGGUCUGGAACCCUUCGUGACGAAAGAGCCGCCUCCUUCUGCUUUGGACUUAAAUUUUCCCGCCUCGGUUGGAGAGGACUCAUCCUCGUCUUGCUUUUCCGAUCUGACCCUGGAUUUGAGGUUGGGAAUUUGAUUAUGCGGGUUGGGUAUUCUAAUCUUACUGUGUGUCAUUUGAAGUUGUGCUGUUUUAUGUGUACCAUUGAUAUUUGACAUGGAUAGGUUUGUUGGGCACCACAGCAGAAAUGGCCCAAAAAUAUCUUUCAUUCGUUUAUGAAGUGGG